AUGCCAAUCUUUGAUAGAAUGCAGAAAUGGCUCCACGAUUCGUUUCAAAAGGUUUUGUUUUGUACACCUUACUUUUCAGGUAUCCCCAUAGAUAAUAAUCAAGAGGAGUUAGAUCUGAUGACCGAGGUGUACAAAACAAAACCUGAAAGCAUCCAAGAAUUGAUACAGCGAAUAAGGGAUGAAAUAGAUUUGAUACUUUUUGAAACGAAUCUAAAAAUACCAAAUUGUUGCUUACAAUAUUGCAAAAAUAGAAGAACUGCAAAAAAAGCAGAGCAAAUAAAGUACGAGAAAAUGCAUCAGAAGAUUUCGUUUCAUAGAAUUCCAAAAGACAUUCAGCUCAGAAAAUUAUGGCUAGAUCGCAUUGGCUCGGUUGUAGAUAAUGUGGGAAUAAAUUCUUACGUAUGUUCCCUGCACUUCAAGGAUGAUGACUUUGAUAGAACUUCCCUUUCUUGUGUUAGGCUUCGAAAGAAUGCACUUCCAAUGAUAUUGAUGUCUACACAAGCAAAUGACACUUGUUCAGAUCAUGAAUCAGAUAAAAUCACUACAUCCAUGGAUGAAAUACAAGAACAACCUAUACAAGAAAUACAAAAAGAUUCACUUAUUGUCGAUAUAAGUGAGGAGCCAUUAGAAAAACGGUGGAAAGAAAGUGAUCAUUUGGAGAGACUUGAAGAAACUGAAGUAGCAUUAGAAACGGAAUGUUUCAUGGCAACUACACCAAAACGAGUCACAGUAGGUACAUCUGUGUCCCCAUCAUUUACUGAAAAUUCUCCUCGGAAAGUUUUCCUGAAGAAAGUUUUAGAAAAUACAAGGGUGAUGUACAAACAUAAAAUUAAAAUUCUUCGACAAACAAUUCAAAGAAAAAAUAAACGAAUUGCGCAGAUACAAAAUCUUUUAUAG